AUGUCUGGGAAAAACCCCCCAAUCCACUCCGAGCGGCAUAUGCGCAUCGUCUGCGUUGGCUUCGGCGCUUCUGGACUUUGCUUUGCGUACAAACUUCAACGGUCAUUUACCAACUUUUCAUUAAUUGUCUUCGAGAAGAACCCGGAAGUAUCAGGCACUUGGUACGAAAAUAGAUAUCCUGGAGUGGCCUGCGAUGUCCAGGCACAUAAUUAUACAUGGUCCUUUGCGCCCAAACAUGACUGGUCGCGUGUGUAUGCUCCUGCUCAGGAAAUAUACUCCUACUUCAACAACUUCAUGUCCGAGCAUAACCUUGGAAAGUACUGCAAGACGAGUCAUAAAGUAGUGGGUGCAACAUGGGACGAUGAAAAGGGGAUCUGGCAGGUUCAAGUCGAAGAUCUUGCUCAUCAACGUACCGUGUAUCAUGAAUGCGACAUCCUGAUCAACGCCAGUGGAAUCCUCAACAACUGGCGAUGGCCUGCAAUUCCGGGCCUGCAGAAUUACAAGGGAACCCUGGUGCAUAGCGCCAACUGGGAUGAGAACUUGGAUCUUACCGGCAAGCACGUUGGGCUCAUCGGAAACGGCUCCUCUGGCAUUCAAAUUCUCCCGGCCAUUCAGCCAAUUGUCGAUCAACUGACAACCUUUAUUCGAGAGCCCACCUGGAUAUCUCCGCCCUUUGGCACUGAACAACGUAUCUAUACCCAGGAAGAAAAAGAUAAGUUCCGGAACGAUCCAGACGCGUUGACUCUGCUACGAAAGAUCAAUGAGACAAACAACAACAGUAUGCUGGGGAUCUACUUCCCAGACCACGAGCUACAGAAGAAGACGCGAGAGGACUUCACUCGGCAGAUGCGCGAAAAGCUCAAAGAUGUCCCUUGGCUGCAGGAGAAGCUGAUUCCCUCUUGGGGGGUUGGCUGCCGUCGGUUGACUCCAGGCAUUAAUUACCUGGAGACGCUUUCGAAGCCCAACGUCAAGGUCGUCUAUGGCGAGAUUGAAGCUAUCACGGAGAAAGGAUGCAAGUGCGAUGAUGGUAUCGAGUAUCCAGUCGAUGUUCUCAUAUGUGCUACUGGCUUUGAUACAACAUUCAAGCCUCGUUUCCCCCUGUAUGGUCUCGAUGGCAAGAAUCUACAGGACGAGUGGGCCCUCGAACCCCGGUCCUACCUGGGUCUUGCCGCACCCCAUAUGCCAAACUAUUUCCAAUUCUUGGGCCCGCAUUGUCCUAUCGGAAGCGGUCCGGUCUUGAUCGCGAUUGAGGCUCAGGCAGACUACAUGCUUUCCCUUUGCGAUCGGUGGCAGACGGAAAACAUUCACUCCAUGUCACCCAAGAACGAAGCGGUUACCGACUUCUUGGAACAUUGUCAGGAAUUCAUGCAGCACACUGUCUGGAUCGAAGAAUGUCGGUCCUGGUACAAAUCAGGCUCCGCUGCUGGGCGGGUUUCGGCUCUCUGGCCUGGUAGUACUCUCCACUACCUUGAGGCGCUCAGGGAGCCUCGGGGCGAUGACUGGGAGAUCAGGUACACUGGAAACCGGUUCUCUUGGCUAGGCAAUGGGUUUUCGCAGACGGAACUGGAUGAUUCUGCUGAUCUGGGUUACUAUAUCAGCUCCCGGGAUGAUAGUCCCUACGCGAGUCGACGAAGACGAAGAGAGACCCUCACACAUACUGGAUUCAAUGCCCGAGGUCUACAGCCCAAUGGAGAUGUCAAUACUGAGACAGACUUGUCGACAACCGUUGAGGAAUAUGUGACAGACAGAAAUUUAGGGCAGCCACAUUUAUAG